AUGUUGCAGUCCUCCACAAUCAAAACCGUACGUAUUGUGGAGAAGAUCCUCGAGCGCCUGUCAGGUCACCACUUGCUUUUGUAUCGCAAAAACUCCGAUGGAGACACUGCGCUGCACAUCGCGGCACGACUGGGACUAGAAGACAUCGUCCGAGUUCUAAUAGAAUCUGCCAAGGGGGAUUUUUGUCUCAAAAGGCUGACGAGAAAGGUGAAUCGAGAGAGCGAUUCGGCGCUCCAUGAUGCUGCGAGGAACGGACAUCUCGGCGUUGUUAGGCUGCUAAUUCAGGAAGACCGCAAAUUGGCUCUUCUUACAAACAGUGCUGGAGAAUCGCCUCUCUUCCUGGCUCUUGAAAGAAACUACUUUGACAUCACCAGAGAAUUGUUGGACAGCACUGAAAAAUGUUCUCUUGCGGGAAGGCGUGGCAUGAACGCCUUGCACCUAGCUGUUAUUUACUUGCACGAAGGUCUGGUGAGCGACAUGAUCAGAAAAUAUUCUUCAGCACUGGUUGAACAAGAUAAUUUAGGAUGGACAUGUCUUCAUUAUGCGGCGCGCUACGGCGUCGAGGAAGUCGUCGUUUUGUUCCUUGAAAAUGAUAAAUCCUGUUCUUAUAUAAGGGACAAAGAAGGCCUGUCAGCUUUCCACAUAGCAACUAAACAAGGAGAAGUUGAGAUAAUCAGACAAAUAAUGACAUUUUGCCCAGAUAUAUCUGAGUUGUUGACUUGCAAUGGUCAAAAUGCUCUUCACGUUGCUGUGAAAACUAGAAAGGAAAAUGCGGUUGAAUAUCUGUUAACUACACUUGGUUCUAAUGGUUUUCUUAACAAGCAAGACGAGGAUGGAAACACGCUUUUCCAUUUGGCUGCCAUUAUAGAAGAUUAUGAGAUUUUAGAGUUGAUUAUAUAUAUGGUCCGGCGUAUGGUUCUAAACAAUGAAAAAGUGAACCAAAAUGUCAUGAAUAAGGAUGGUUUGACAGUAAUGGACAUUAUUCAAUCGUGUAACACGCUUGAAGAUUCUCGAAAGGAAGGCAUUAUAUCAGAACUAAGAGGAGUAGAUUGUGUUCCUGGUCUGAAACGACAACUAAUAGAAAGAAACACCCAACUGCAAAAUGUGGAGAAAAUUAAGGGAGUGCCACAGCCACAACUAGAGAACAAGCUGGUAGAGGAAAGCAAAAGUACCAACCUCCUCACAAAAUUAUUUUUUCAACCUUUCAUAAACCCCCGCCACACAAAACGGGCAGCUGAGGUUGACAUAGUGUUGGCCACCCUCAUCGCGGCCAUAACCUUCGCGGCGGCUACGAAAGCGGCGGUGAUUACACCUCCGGUGGGUUGCCAAUCAUGA